AUGGAGGUCCCCGGCCGAGGUCCCCCAGGCGAGGCUCCCUGGAAGAAGCUAUCUAAGGAGGAGUUGGAGAAUCAGUACAGCCCCAGCAGAUGGGUCAUCCGACAGGGAGCCGAGGAGACCCUGAGGACCUACUCACACAUAGGAGACGAGGCCACCAAGAAGGCCCAGGCCACCAGGAGGAGCCUGCUGCAUGUCCCCUACGGGGAUGGUGAAGGGGAGAAACUGGACAUCUACUUUCCCAGGGAAGUGUCUGCAGCCUCACGUUUCUGUCUGUUCUUUCACGGAGGGUACUGGCAGAGUGGAAGUAAAGACACAUCAGCCUUCAUGGUCAACCCACUGACAGCACAGGGAGUGGCCGUGGUGGUCAUGGCUUAUGACCUUGCCCCCAAAGGUACCCUGGACCAGAUGGUAGACCAGGUGACUCGAAGCAUUGCAUUUGUCCAGAAGCAGUAUCCGUGCAAUGAGGGACUUUACCUGUGCGGGCACUCAGCAGGGGCCCACCUGGCUUCCAUGAUGUUCCUGACCAACUGGACCAAGCAUGGAGUCACACCCAACCUCAAAGGCUUUUUCCUGGUAAGUGGGAUCUAUGACCUGGAGCCCAUUGUGUAUACCACUAUCAACGCCCCUCUCCACAUGACCUUGGAGGAUGCUCAGAGGAACAGUCCCCAGCUGCUCCUGGAGGCGGCCGUGACGCGGCCCUCGGAUCCAGCCUGCCACGUGCUGGUGACUGUGGGCCAACACGACUCCCCUGAAUUCCACCGACAGUCCAGGGAAUUUUAUCAGGUACCCCCAGCACCCUGCCUCUGGCCAGAGGUUGAGGGUCCUGUGCUCUCAUUACCUUCCUCUUUAUUUCACCAAAAGGGACCCCAAGACCACGAGCCAUUUAUUCAACAAAUACUUAGCGAGGGCCUAGUACAUGCCCGGUGUGGUGUGGAGCUCCCCGACCCUGCUGUCUCCUGCUUUGCUCAUUUCUCCACCCAGACACUGCGCCGAGGAGGGUGGAAUGCCUCGUUUGAAGAAAUCCAUGAUGUGGAUCACUUUGAAAUCAUUUGGAACCUAACCCAGAAGGACUUCGUGCUCACCCAGGUGGGGCACAUGCUUUCACUGUGGAGAGCGAGGUUGCCCCUGCACAGGAGAGGUGGGGAGGUGGGGAGCACGGAGGAGCCACUUUACUGGAUCUUUGGCCUCCAGGAGGCUGGGAUCCUGAUGGUAAGAAUUGAGUACCCCAUUAGCUUCCUCUACUUCACCCCCUUCUGA